CAAGUCUCCUCAUAAGCUCUGUCCUCCCCUGGAAUCAAGUCUCCUCAGCCUUCUGAGUCAGCCCGGGAGGGACAAGUACAAAUUCUGCUAGCAGGUUGCCAGGGUGACCUCACCCUCUCCAGCGCCCCUUCUCGAUGCCAGCUAUGAGUUCCUGCAACUUCACACAUACCACCUUUGUACUUAUUGGUAUCCCAGGAUUAGAAGAAGCCCAUUUUUGGAUCGGCUUUCCCCUGCUUUCAAUGUAUGUCAUGGCAGUGUUUGGAAACUGCAUCGUGGUCUUCAUCGUAAGGACAGAGCGCAGCCUACACGCUCCCAUGUACCUCUUUCUCUGCAUGCUGGCAGCAAUUGACCUGGCCUUGUCAACAUCCACCAUGCCCAAGAUCCUCGCCCUCUUCUGGUUUGAUUCCCGGGAGAUUACUUUUGAUGCCUGCAUUACCCAGAUGUUUUUUAUUCAUGCUCUCUCAGCUAUUGAGUCCACUAUCCUGCUGGCCAUGGCCUUUGACCGUUAUAUAGCCAUCUGCCACCCACUGCGCCAUGCAGCAGUGCUCAACAAUACAGUAACAGCCCAGAUUGGCAUGGUGGCUGUUGUCCGUGGAUCCCUCUUCUUUAUCCCACUGCCUCUGCUCAUCAAGCGGCUGGCCUUCUGCCACUCCAAUGUGCUCUCUCACUCCUAUUGUGUCCACCAGGAUAUGAUGAAGUUGGCCUAUGCAGACACGUUGCCCAAUGUGAUCUAUGGUCUUACUGCCAUACUGUUGGUUAUGGGCGUGGAUGUUCUGUUCAUCUCCUUGUCCUAUUUUCUGAUUAUACGAACGGUUCUACAACUGCCUUCCAAGUCAGAGCGGGCCAAGGCUUUUGGAACCUGUGUGUCACACAUCGGUGUGGUAUUAGCUUUCUAUGUUCCUCUCAUUGGCCUCUCAGUGGUACACCGUUUUGGAAACAGCCUUGAUCCCAUUGUGCAUGUUCUCAUGGGUGAUGUUUAUCUACUCCUGCCUCCUGUGAUCAAUCCCAUCAUCUACGGUGCCAAGACCAAACAGAUCAGAACUCGUGUGCUAGCUAUGUUCAAGAUCAGCCACGACAAGGACCCUCAGGAUGUGGGAAGAAGGUGAUCAUUACCAUUCUACUUUCCCUUAUCUUUAAUGGCUUGACAUAAGGAUUUUUCCUAAAGCUAGCUUAAUUCUAGUUAUCUGUAAGCAUAUCAAUGAUUUUCUCUGCUGUGGUCUCCAAAUUCUGCCUCUGCUUGCGGUGAAACUUUG